AGUUAUGAACAAUCAGCCAAAAAGAUCCGGUCUUAUAUACGUUUACAGAUUUAAACUCAAACGUUUAAAAAUUCCGCGCGCAUCAAAUGGCGAAAAGAAUUUUCUGCACGCAAAUUCGUGGACACCCUGUACAUCGUGUUCUAAACAACGCAUCCUUCCUUUCGUCAACAGAGAACGGAGAACCACGAGUCGUUCGAGUCGUCACGAGACGGGUUAUUUGCGAGACGGAAGCCCAGUGAUUUGCGACAGUAUCCGCGUAUUCUCGUGACAAACGUUAAAAUUCUUCUAGUUGAAAGGCACGUCGCCGAAGCGUCGCAACGAUUCCAAUCGAGCGCUCGUGUAUGGUUUCGAAGAAUCGCGAAUCACGUCAAGGCCGAUCGCCCGGGUCCGGCACAUAUUAAGAAAUCACUGUCAACAACAACAGCGUCGAGACGUCUGGUGACUCAAGUCGAUCAGCAGAGCUCACAGCCGGUGGCUGCUGAGUCUGCAAUGACCGCGAUGACUACAAUGGCGAUGUGAUUGUCGUACAUCGAUUCUCCUGAGUCACGCUUCGCUCCCGCGUAUUCGGAUAUCGUCGUUCUCGACUGACCGAACCACCGCCGGGUAAUUUGGAAGUCGAGUGGGAGAGAGGAGACAACGGGUACCGGUUCGACGAGCAGCCUGUUAUGAGCAGCUUGUGGAAACCCUGGGUGGAGACUCUGAAAGUAGAACCGAUGGACCCGGCGAUUAUGAAAAGCCUAGAUAAUUGUUUGGACAAUGAUUUCGACGAGCUGCCUGAGUUCAGUCCCAACCUGUUCACCUUGAAGAAGAAUCCUCUAAUGAUGAACUCCUGUACCAAGUGUCAUAACAACAACAACAAGAGCUUCCUGCUGCUUGAUGGACAGGAGGUCCUACAGGUUUCAGAUGUAGAGGAAUUUGUGAGAAAAUUAAACUGUAUGGAGAACAACACUAAAGUCAAAGUUGUGUCGAUAUUUGGAAAUACAGGCGAUGGCAAGAGCCAUACUAUGAACCAGGUGUUCUUCAAUGGUGAGGAGGUAUUUCAGACAUCAAACGAACAAAAUUGUUGUACAUUGGGUGUCUGGGUGGCAUUUGAUCCAAUUCUCAAUGUUGUCUGCUUGGAUACCGAAGGUUUACAAGGUGUUACGAAUUGUGAGAACGAGCGGACGAGAUUGUUACUCAAAGUACUCGCAGUCUCCGACAUUGUGGUCUAUGGAAUUCACUCUGAGAGGCUAAAUAGGGAUCUGUUCAUGUUUCUGGGUACAGCGUCGCGUGCUUACAGUCGUCACUUUAAAGCCGCCUUACAAGUAAUAGGGCAGAAGGAAGGAAUCUCCACCUCGUUGAGCAAGCUUGGGCCGAGUAUUAUAGUGCUGCAUGAAACCAGGCACACCAUACCUUUGAUCAACAACGCAUCAGAGAGCGCGGAAGACAUCCUGAGAGCUAGAUUUGCACAGAUGAGCCUCGAGAUUGAUGCUUUCAGUUCUAUCAAAUACAUCGGUUUGCAAACGGUGAACGACACGACGGAUUACGAGCAUCUGCGAUCCGCGAUUGUGAGCGAAUUGAAUAACACGACGGUUCGUUCAGCUAGGAAACCGCACCUAGUAUACAAUACGCUUAAGAGUCUGAACGAUCAAUUAUCUGAUGAAACAGAGAAUGUUUCCAAUACUUUAUUCCCAGACCAGUAUUUUACUUGUCCCAUCAAGUGUCUCAGCUGUGGUAAUGGCUGUAACAAUAGUAUGGGACACUUUCGUGAUGGAAAACCACACAGUAGCAAUACCAAGUGUAAAUUCCAGUGUCAGUAUGAAAAUUCGAUGUACAUAUGUAAAAGGUGUUACAAGAACGGAAACGAAGUUGAGGUGAGAAAGCGAAAUUUUGAGGAAAAUCAGAACAGCUGGUAUAGUUUCGCUAAAAAUGCCUGGUCAGGAUACAUUAUAGACUGCCCGCAUUGUGGAGAAAUCUACAAGAGCAGACAGUAUUGGUACGGCAAUAAUUCAGAGGAUGUUGCUAUACGUAAAAAAAUCACGCAUGUGUGGACUGUAUCAAACCGUUCUAUAGCUCCUCAGAAUACAGCACAACGGGUUAUCGAUAGCGUUUCGUACAUCACUGAGGCCGUGACGAAUGUAUCUUUGCAGCCAACAAAAGCGCUGAAAGCCUGGGCUGCGGAUCAGGUGGCGCCUUCCUACUGGCGAUCAAACAACGAGAUAAAACACUGCUAUCACUGCAAAAUCCCAUUUAGUCCGACAGAUGACAAGCACCAUUGUCGCGAUUGCGGAGAAGGCUUUUGCGCGCAAUGCUCGUCAAAAACGAAAUGCGUGCCGAAUAGGAAUUGGUACUCGCCUGUUCGGGUUUGCGAUACCUGUUACGAGAAAGAGACAAACGGUUCCAGCGAUGAUUCUCUCGAACCCCCUCUUGAGGACGUCGGCGUACGAAAAGUGACUGAGCACGUAGUGUCGACACUUAGUGCCGUUGGAACGGUUUUCAGUUAUUCUAAAUCGUUCAUAAAGGACUCCGUUCGACCAUCUUAUUGGAUACCAGAUUCAGAAGUGGUUAACUGUUGCGUUUGCGAACGAAAGUUCUCCGCCAUGCUUCUUUUGCAUCAUUGCAGAGCUUGCGGACGUGGAGUAUGUCAGGAAUGCUCACAACAUCGUAAGCCUGUACCUCACCGAGGAUGGGAUCAUCCCGUUAGAGUAUGCAACGCUUGCGUUUGAAAUCGUUUUGCAGCAUACGUCUCAAAGAAAACUGAACUCAAAAACAUCUUCGAAAAAGAAAA